AUGAGCUAUCUUCAAUAUCACAGAUAUUCUUUCGUCGUGUCCCAACACCCAGAAGAGCCACCCUCUGUAGUCAUGGGAGAACCUUGUUUUGAGAAUCCCUGCUCAUAUGACGCUAUUGAUGAGGUUUUAAGUCAUAUAUCAGACCUCACAAUGUGUGGGGACAGGAAGUGGACAAUUCUGGGUUGUGACGCACUACCAUAUACACUAGGUAGCCGUUUGAUCGACUCUUCUUUCCUGUGCCCAACAUGCCACAGGGAAUUCAUAGAUGCUCCUAGUUUCGAUGAACAUCGAAACGACUCUGAGCAUUCUACUACUAUAAGGAUGGAACAGUGCAAAAAAUUUAAGAAUGUACUCCUCAUACCAGGCCUGGGCCAUUACGAAAUAAAUAUGGUGAAAAGCAUAAUUAGUUUCAUGUGGAAGGUUGCAUUUGAGGACCUAGGCAAAAUGCUAGGAUUCAAGAGUCCCACUGCAUUAGCGUCAUUACGUGCUUGUGCAGAUCACCAUAAGAGCUGGCAGGUAUUGCAGAUAUUUCUGCAUGCAGUGUCUGAGGAGCUUCUAACACCUUAUGUACGACACUGUAAGACUACCCACAUUCAUCCAUCUCUCAGGGGGUAUUAUGAAUGGCUAAAGACAUCUCAGCCUACUGUUUUAUAUGAAUUUAUGCGGGAGGUUGUAUUUACUUACUGCCUCUCCAUCCAUGUAUUCAGAGCAGGUGUCAGGCGCAACAAUACUGAUGCCAUUAAUUGUAGCAAAGCAAAGUUUGCCCCUCUCUUUUUUGGUCUUAAUAUGCCUUUUUACAUGGAAACAUACAUUAGGGAUUCCUUGACUCGUAUACAAUGUCCGCCCGAAGUUCUUGCGUUCAUUGAGAGACAUGAAUCCUACAGUGUUUCGGGUAACGAUAGCAAAGGUGAAGGAGGGGACUUUGUGCUAGAAGCAAAAAACAGAGAAACAAAAAGGCUUGUACCCUCUGGAGUCCCCACAAAUCAAAUCUGGACCAACAUUUGUCGAAAUGUAGACAGAUUAGGCAAGGUACUUAAUAAAAAGAAAGACAAGGGAAGGGACAAAAGAUCUUUUUUCCUUUAUUAA